CUGAAGACUAAAGGAAACAACUUGUAGUUCAGAAUCGCUUCACAACCAACACGUUUCUCAAUGAGAGAAAUUUUUCUGUCAACAGGUAUUCAUUGUGAAAAGCUUGAUACAGAUCAAAGUAGGAAGGGGAAAAAACCUGCUAAGAAACCCUACAGUUGGACGUCGCAAAAAGAUUUGACCUUGAGUAAUUUGGAGGAUUACUUGUUUUCUGAACCAAAGGAUAUAACUGAUUUGGAGAAAACAGAGGAAACAGAGGCGCCGAUGGAAGAGGAUGAAAAGCUUUGCCUUGCAGCUGUCAUCCUUACAAAAGCAUUCUUGAUGACGCCUCAUUCAUUAGAGAAAAUCCCAAGUUCAAGACUUCACCAUGCAUCCGAUUUGGAGGCGUAUACAUCUUUGGCAUGGGGAAAGGAAGCCUACAACGUCUUGGCAACAAGUAUCAAGAGGAUGGAUACCAAUACGUGGGCGAGACGCCAAUAUGAAGUCAAAGGUUUUCCUUUGGCUUUAUUGAUCUGGUCAUUCAGCGCUGUACCACUUUUUGGAGCGACGUUUGCUGUAUGCAACGACACGUCAAAGUGUGUCUAUCCUCUAUACUCUUACUGGGAAUCUUCGUUAACUCCAAGAUUAGAUCAAAUCGUGGAUGCCAUUCAAUCAUCGGAUUGUAUUGAGGUCAAAUCUAUUAUUGGAGAUCCAGAGUAAUACAAACACCUAAUAGAAGAAACUCAUGUAGACGAC